UAUUUCGUGAUCGUCCUAGCUGUGGGACUUUGGUCUAUGUGGAAGACCAAGAGAGACACCGUCCAAGGCUACUUCCUGGCUGGAGGGGACAUGACAUGGUGGCCGGUGGGAGCUUCUCUCUUUGCCAGUAACAUAGGGAGUGGGCAUUUCAUUGGCCUGGCUGGAUCAGGAGCAGCUGUGGGGAUUUCUGUAACAGCAUAUGAGUUUAAUGGGAUCUUUUCUGUGCUGAUGCUGGGCUGGAUCUUCCUUCCUAUCUACAUCUCUGGAGGGGUCACCACCAUGCCUGAGUACUUACGAAAGAGAUUUGGAGGGAAACGGAUUUCCUUGUUCUUGGCUGUUCUCUAUUUGUUCAUCUACAUCUUCACCAAAAUCUCGGUGGACAUGUACGCAGGAGCCAUCUUUAUCCAGCAGUCCUUACAUCUGAAUUUGUACCUUGCCGUGGUAGGGCUGUUGGUGAUUACAGCUGUGUAUACAGUGGCAGGUGGCCUGGCAGCCGUGAUCUACACAGAUGCUCUACAGACUGUCAUCAUGCUGGGAGGAGCAUUCACUUUAAUGGGAUACAGCUUUGCUGCAGUUGGUGGUAUGGAGGGGCUGAAGAACAAAUACUUUACAGCUGUGCCCAGCAACAGGAGUGCCAACAGCAGCUGUGGGUUGCCUAGAGAUGAUGCUUUCCAUAUUUUCCGAGAUCCUGUGACUUCUGAUCUUCCCUGGCCAGGGAUCCUUCUUGGAAUGUCAGUCCCUUCACUUUGGUACUGGUGUACUGAUCAGGUCAUCGUCCAACGGUCUCUGGCUGCCAAAAACCUUUCCCACGCCAAAGGGGGCUCGCUGAUGGCUGCAUACUUGAAGGUGCUACCUCUCUUCCUGAUGGUGAUGCCUGGCAUGGUCAGCCGAGUCCUCUUCCCAGAUUUAGUUGCCUGCGGUAGCCCUGAGAUCUGCCAGAGAGUCUGCGGCAACUCUGCCGGAUGCACUGAUAUCGCGUAUCCCAAACUUGUUCUGGAGCUCCUGCCCUUAGGGCUCCGGGGACUGAUGAUCUCUGUGAUGGUGGCCGCACUGAUGUCCUCCCUCACCUCCAUCUUUAAUAGUUCCAGUACCAUCUUCACCAUGGACCUCUGGCUCCAUUUCCGGCCCAAAUCUUCUGAAUGGGAACUCAUGAUUGUGGGCAGAGUGUUUGUGCUGUUUCUGGUUGUGGUGUCCAUCCUCUGGAUCCCGUUGGUGCAGGCGAGCCAAGGCGGCCAGCUCUUCAUUUAUAUCCAGUCCAUCAGCUCUUACCUGCAGCCUCCAGUGGCCGUUGUUUUCAUCAUGGGCUGUUUCUGGAAGCGAACAAAUGAAAAGGGGGCCUUCUGGGGCCUGCUGCUCGGCCUGUGCAUAGGUGUGAUCCGGCUGGUGCUGGACUUCAUCUAUGUGCAGCCUCGCUGUGACCAGGUCGAUGAGCGCCCAGAUGUGGUGAGGUACACUCACUACCUCUACUUCUCCAUGAUCCUGUCUGUCGUCACACUGAUCACUGUGGUCACAGUGAGCUGGUUCACAGAGCCGCCUUCUAAAGAGAUGGUCUCCCGUUUGACAUGGUUCACUCGCCACGACCCCCUGAUCCCGAAGGAACAGGUAUUAGCAGACCCUUUACCUCCAAGCUUCUCUAAGAAUGUGACCCCAGAGGGCAGCAGCACCAGCGCCCACUUUGAGAUCACCCAGGAUACAGCUUCAAAACCUCAAAGGGGCAAUGCUACUGCAAAAUCAUCCAAAGUGAAGAAAGCCAUAAUUUGGCUCUGUGGAAUGGACGCCAAGGCUAGCGAGGCAUCUGUGAAGAAACCUGAACCCAUUGUGGCUUCCUUAGAAGAAACUUCUCUUGUCAAAAGGAUUCUGGAUAUCAACCUGAUCAUCUGUAUCAGCGCUGCCAUUUUUCUUUGGGCUUACUUUGCCUAA